GGCGCGGGCGGCGCGGCCUCGGGACCGGCGGGAGCGGAGGGAGGCGGGGCGGCGGCCGAGAGCUCGCCCCGCCCUGCCCCGCCCCCCGCCGGCCGGCUAGCGCGGCCAUGGAGGUCUACAUUCCGUCCUUUCGCUACGAGGAGAGUGACCUGGAGCGCGGAUACACGGUGUUUAAGAUAGAAGUGCUAAUGAAUGGAAGAAAACAUUUUGUUGAAAAAAGGUACAGCGAAUUUCAUGCCUUACACAAAAAGCUUAAGAAAUGUAUAAAAACUCCAGAAAUCCCUUCUAAACAUGUUAGGAACUGGGUCCCAAAAGUCUUGGAACAACGACGACAAGGUUUGGAAACAUAUUUACAGGCUGUCAUUUUAGAAAAUGAAGAACUUCCCAAACUGUUCCUUGACUUCCUAAAUGUACGGCACUUGCCCUCUUUACCAAAGGCGGAGAGCUGUGGAUCUUUUGAAGAGACAGAAUCUGAGGGAUCAAGCAAACUAUCCCACCAGCCCGUGCUGCUGUUCCUCAGGGAUCCAUACGUCUUGCCUGCAGCCAGCGGCUACUUUGAAUUAGAGUAAUAAAGGGGAAAGAUUUUCCAAACGUGGUCAUUGAAGGAGUUCUCCAUGGGAUAUUUUACCCUCAUCUACAGCCCAGGUAGAAAUCCUACGUGGCUCGGAGAAGCUGAAGUGGGUUUCGAAGUCGUAGUCAAGGAAAUCGAUAUCUACCAAAUCAACCUAAAGUCUAUGACAUAACAACUCUAGUGAGUGGUAAAAUUCUCUGUCCCAGCUUAAUUCAGGGCAAGGAUGUUUCCAUUAGAAUGGUGCUUUUAAAAAUAGAAACUGAACCUGAGCAGUGCUAAGGUUAAGGCCAAGUGUUUAAAAAAUGGAAUGCAGCUGCCAAUUUACGAACCCAUGAGGAGAAGGCUGUACAAGAUCCUGGGAGCACCGAGGGUGACAAAACGGUUACUCUCUGCUUUAGUUGCACAUUUGCUAAUUGAAAAUCUUAUCCUGAAUCAUACUGAGACUGAUCAACUUUGGUAGCUUUUUUUGUUGUUCUUUCCAGAUGUUAUGGCACGCUACUCUUUUCCUCAUGAGAUUGUUCUCAGCUGGUGGUAGGUACAUUCUCAAGUGCUGGCUCCAGGAGAGUGUCACAGAAACACACUGCAAAAUGGGAGGAAGGAGCAAACCUGGAAAAUAAAUCAUACUGACAAUAUCAGAGCAUUCUUUAAAUGAUAGCAUUUUUAUUUAUGCAACAGUGGAGUUGCAUCAGACCUAUGGGUUCGCUUCUGAUGUCAGGUCUAAGAUAAAAUGGGGUAUCGAGAUUCUUCUUGAGAGCCCUUUAGAGAGGCAUGCUACUGGAAAUCUGUCUAUCCACCAGAGCCUCUUUUUCAUCCAGUGUUGGAAGAAAUGACCAUUUCUUUAAGGGCAGAAGACCAGUUGAGGUUGUUGGUGUUUGUUUAGGGCUAUUUUUAUAAACAGCAUGUACCUGUGAACACUAGAAUCACACUUAGCCCAGCCAGAUGCUUGCCCUCUAAGAGACAGAUGUGAGCUGACAAUGGCUGACAGGACACCAGAUUGACAACCCUCAUCGUGGUUUGCUUGAAGGCAUCCAUUCAUUGAAUAGGUUGUGCUGCCAGAGGACUUACUGUUAUUUCCCUUAUGGUUUCUUUCCAGGGACCUCAUAUAUUGAAUUAAUGUAAGUUAAAAGUGUUGAUGCUGUAACUCCAUGUACAUCUAACAUUCAAAUUGUGAAUAGUAAAGGAUAAAAAACAUAGAUGUAAAGUGUGUAUGUGCUGUAUUGGGGAAUUUCAUUAAAAACUAAUAGUCUAUUUAUGGUUUUUAUAUAAGCUUCUAUUUGGGAAAAAAUUCUUUAGAUUCAAAAUGGAUAAUUAAAUUAUGGUUUUGAUUAGGAUCUAAAAGAUAGAGGUUUAGAACCUGCUGUAAACUUUUAGAGAUACAUUUGUGAUGGGUAGGUUACUACGUGUUGCAAACAAAGUAAGAACUAAAUAAUCAAUUGUCAAAAUAACUGAAUGGUCAAGUGCUGGAGAUAUUUUUUAAAUGUUUUUGUUAUUAGCUAUUUUGAGUUAAAUUAAAAUAAAGAACAAGCAAUAUUUG